AUGGAGGACAUGUCUCGACCCCAAUGUGGCGGCGCGAAAGGGAACGAUGCGGAGUAUGAUCUCCCAUUGCACGUCGCCGCACUGUUCCUCGUCCUGGCGUUUAGUACUAUGGGCGCCGGUUUCCCAGUCGUGGCCAAAAAGAUUCCGCGUCUACAGAUCCCGCCGAAUGCUUUCUUUUUCUGUAAGCAUUUCGGCACAGGUGUCUUGAUCGCAACGGCUUUUGUACAUCUCCUCCCAACUGCAUUCACUUCCUUGAAUGAUCCAUGCCUACCGCCUCUCUUUACCGAGCAAUACCCCGCGAUGCCGGGCGUAAUCAUGCUCGGGUCGCUCUUUGCGCUUUUCGCUUUAGAGAUGUAUUUAAACGCGAAAACCGGGGGCCACAGCCAUGGCGGAGCCACAGGGGAGAGUAUCAACCGUCCGCACCAGCACCAUCACAAUGCGCAGACCAGGAACAAUGAAAUUUCGUGGCCAAAAGAGAACAAGGUUAUGAGCGAUGCAUCAUCCGAUGACUGGUACGAGGAGAAAGCGGCCUAUAAGGUCUACUCCGGUGCAAACCGCUUUGAAGACUCGUACUUGUCCGAACCGUCUUCGAUGCCAACGUGGUUUAUGGUCUUCUAUGAACAAUACGUGCGAGAGCGCGAGUGGACACAAGCGAUGCUCCGGACAGCAGCGCGCCGCGAUGAUGACAUGCAAACCAUAGAGCUCAAACAGACCGCCCCUGUGCAAUCUGAUAUCCCUCGGGACCUAGAAGUAGGGGAAGUCGACCCGGCGGUGCUGAGGAAAAUGUCUCUCAACAUCACGAUUCUCGAAGGCGGUAUCCUGUUCCACUCCGUGUUUGUCGGGAUGACUGUAUCCAUUGAAACGGAAGGAUUUAUGGUGUUGCUCGUCGCCAUCUUGUUCCAUCAGGCGUUUGAGGGGCUGGGUCUGGGGUCUCGCAUUGCGGCAGUACCUUAUCCAAAGGGAUCAAUGCGUCCAUGGCUUUUGGUUCUGGCAUUCGGCACGACGGCUCCGAUUGGCCAGGCGAUUGGGUUGAUUGCUCGCAACACUUAUGAUGCCGAGAGCGCGUUCGGUUUGAUUAUGGUUGGAACAUUCAAUGCGAUCUCUUCUGGUCUCCUUAUCUACGCCGCCCUCGUGGACCUUCUAGCGGAAGAUUUCCUAUCUGAGGAGGCCCAGCAUCUGACCAAGAAACAGAAGAUCUCCGGUUUCAUCUAUGUCUUGAUGGGAGGUAAGCUUAAUGAGACAUUGCCGUUACAUUUAAGCGGAGGAGUACUGACACCUCUUUCAACAAAGCGGCCGGAAUGUCCAUCGUCGGCGCAUUUGCCUAAGCAGGUCCUUACGCAAAACGAACGACGAGCCAGCACACCACACAUGGGCUUCGUCUCCGGUGGGGUAGAGCCAAAUGUUUCUCGUCCACCGCAAGACCCUGCAGGAACAGGCAAGUACUAG